UUAUAUGGUGUGUCACUGACGAACGAAACCAUGAAGGUCUUGGUGUUGUUUUGCGCGCUGGUACUGGUGACGUCAUCUAGGGCCGAAGGGCCCAGUGGCUUAGCGGUGAUAUCGAAAGUUAUCAGGCAGUAUAUCAAUUCGCAGCCUGAAGAUGUGAGAUUGGGGGAUGGAGUUCAUAUAAUCAGUACUAGAAGUGAGAACGACGCUAGGGCCAAUGUGGACGAUGGUACUUUGCUUGGGACUGUGGAGAACUACCUUGAAAACCAUGAAGUUCGGAUAAAGUUACCGGAGUUGUUGCCAGGAGAGGGUUUUGGAAGGGCACUGAAGAUUGCUGUGGAUGAAGCACAAAGCAAAGAAGAUAAAAGUACCGGAAGAGGUAAAAAAGGAGGAGGGGGUGGAGGUGCCGGAAUAGCAGUGAUGGGCCUGAUGAUGGGCAAGAUGAUGGCCGCCCUUGGUCUGGGUGGUGUCGGUAUGCUAGCCAUGAAAGCUCUCAUGGUUUCAGCCCUUGCCCUUAUGUUAUCAGUCAUUGUCGGUUUGAAGAAGUUGACACACCAUGACGACGACGGCGGACACCAUGUAAUACAUGCCAGCAGCGGUCACGAACAUUACAGAAGGAGAAGAGAAGCUGCCGACAUGGCAUAUCGCGCAUACCAAGCAUACAACACUAGAUAACUUGUGAUCGCCUCUUCUAAUUUGUAUUUAUAAGUAAUUUAUUUAUUUCCUUCAAUUAGAUUUACUAAUAAUUUAUUAUAUUACCAUCAAAAAAUUAUUUCUUGAAAAUCUCAAAAAUCACAAAUUCAUUUAUUAUCAUUUCACGUCCAUCAUCACGCACGAAUCAUUUAAAUAUCACAAAAAAAACAUGCUCUACACCUAAUUGUUUCACCAUGUGAAACGA